GCUGAGGCGGGACUUUCCCCGUUAUCUUUAUCGCGGCCUUGCGUGUCCUGCCCUGCUUUCCGCGUGCUCUUGAAACUAGCCGCCUCCUUCCGUGCCACUAGGGAAGCCCGGUGGCUUUGGGUCCCUUCGCUCUUCCAAUGGCGACUCCCGGGGCUGAGGAAGAUGCUUUUGGCCGCUACCGCUCCCCUCUUGUCUCGCGUUACGCCAGCCCUGAUAUGGCCUUUAACUUCAGCGAGAGGAAGAAGUUCGGCACCUGGCGGCGACUUUGGCUCUACCUGGCUCAGGCUGAGAAGUCACUGGGCCUACCCAUCACAGAUGAGCAAAUACAGGAAAUGGAAGCAAAUCUGGACAACAUAGAUUUCAAAAUGGCAGCAGAGGAGGAGAAGCGGUUGCGUCAUGAUGUAAUGGCUCAUGUACAUACAUUUGCCCACUGCUGUCCAAAGGCUGCAGGAAUAAUUCACCUUGGAGCAACUUCCUGCUAUGUGGGGGAUAAUACGGUGUUUCCAGUUGGGAUUCAGACCAGCAACCUCUUGCUCCCUAGGCAAGUUACUUCCCCACUGUGCCAUGAGGAAAUGGACUUGAUAGUUAUUCGAGAUGGAUUCAAUCUGUUGCUUCCCAAGCUCGCCAGGGUGAUUAGUCGACUGGCAGACUUUGCUGAGAAGUAUGCUAACUUGCCCACCUUGGGCUUCACUCACUACCAGCCUGCACAGCUAACAACUGUAGGUAAACGUUGUUGCCUGUGGAUCCAGGAUCUGUGCAUGGACCUCCACAAUUUUGAACGGGCACGAGAUGAGCUGAGAUUUCGUGGUGUGAAGGGCACCACUGGCACUCAGGCCAGCUUCUUGCAGCUCUUUGAAGGAGAUCAUGACAAAGUGGAGGAGCUGGACAGGCUGGUGACUGCAAAAGCAGGAUUUAAGCGGGCUUAUAUUGUCACAGGGCAGACCUACAGUCGCAAAGUGGAUAUUGAAGUCCUGUCUGUUCUGGCCAGUCUAGGAGCAUCCAUACAUAAGAUAUGUACUGAUAUUCGCCUUUUGGCCAACCUCAAAGAAAUAGAGGAACCUUUUGAGAAAGAUCAAAUUGGUUCAAGUGCCAUGGCUUACAAACGGAAUCCCAUGCGUUCAGAACGUUGUUGCAGUUUAGCUCGCCACCUCAUGGUUCUGGUCCUGGACCCCCUCCAGACUGCUUCUGUGCAAUGGUUUGAGCGCACUUUGGAUGAUAGUGCAAACAGGCGUGUAUGUUUAGCAGAGGCCUUUCUCACUGCUGACAUAAUACUGAGCACCCUGCAAAAUAUCUCUGAAGGUCUUGUGGUGUACCCCAAGGUUAUUGCAAGACGCAUUCAACAAGAGUUGCCUUUCAUGUCCACAGAAAAUAUUAUCAUGGCUAUGGUGAAAACUGGGGGCAAUCGCCAGGAUUGUCAUGAGAAAAUACGGGUAUUGUCCCAGCAGGCAGCUGCUGUUGUAAAGCAAGAGGGGGGUGAUAAUGAUCUCAUUGCACGUAUCCGUGCUGAUCCCUACUUCAGCCCUAUCCAAGGGCAGCUGGAUACUCUUCUAGAACCCACAUCCUUCACAGGGCGUGCUUCCCAGCAGGUGGCAAGAUUCCUGAAAGAAGAGGUCCGCCCAGUAUUGAUCCCAUAUCAGAGUAAGAUGGGUCUGAAAAUGGAACUUUCCCUUUGAAAAAGAGAGACUGCUUAGUUGGAGUAUUGUUUAAAGGAUAAUAAAAUAUUUUCUGAAAUGGUAAUAUCUGUA